AUGUUUGCAAUUAAUAAUAUUUAAAACUUUUAAUCAACAUCACUAUAGUUGUAACUUAUACAACUCUAUUUUUGGGGUAUAUGUGGAAUCAAAUAAUUUGAGAUUAGAAAUAAUGGUCUUCAAAGACUAAGAAAUAUAUCCAAAGAAUUCCAAAUACUAUAAAAAUUUCAUUUACUACAGAAGUUUAGUACUAGUAUUCAUGAAGAAUUAAUUGUCUUUUUAAUUUUUUAUUCUUACAAAAGGCAAUUUUUAGAGAAUUGGGAAAAGUCGAAGGAGCCUGAUGAAUCAUCUAGCACAUAUUUCCAUCACUAACAGCAAGCCAAUCAACAGAAAAGAGCCAGAGGCAUAAAAAUUGAGGUCUAGAUGAACUUCUUAUAGUAUUUUCAAUUCCUUGAAUAUUUGGAUAGAAUUUGGAGAUCAUUAUGA